AUGGAAUCUUCUAAUACUAUCGUUCAAAACGUAGAGCACUUUUUUGAUACUCUUAAUUUUGCUACCUUAGAGUCAGACCAUAGUGACUUAGAUGGAAGCAUAUACGAAGAUUCUCUACCAGAAGAAUUAGAUUCGGAAUUAAGUGAAAUAGAUGCGACAGAACAAGAAUUUGAAGAAAUUAAUCAAGUUAAUGAUAAUGAUCAAAUGGCAAAACAGGUCAAAGCAAGCAAUAUUGAUCAAGAAUCUCUACCUGCAACAGAAUCUUCAGAACAUGAAACUAUGGAAGUUGGUUCAGGUUCUAGAUUACCGAGAGAAGUUGAAAAGAGAGAAAGAUCAGCUUCGACAUCGAAAGUAGUUCGUUGUAAAGCCUCUCAACUACAUUCAUGGUGGGAAAAUCGCGAGCUACUACUCAACAUUAAAAAAGCAUAUGAUGAUGGUGGUCAUACCAGCGGAUAUUAUAAAUGGUUUUUAAAAAAUGAAUACUUGUUGCAAGAUCUGCGUAAAUAUGAGGGCAAAAAAUCCCGUGAAACUUUAACGGAUAAAAUGAUUUCACUUGUCAAACCUUAUCUUUCCGAACAUGAUCAAGCAGUUCCUUCCAGCUCUCUUCCAGAAUCGAAACGUCAUAUUUGUAUUUUCUACUUAAUGAUACUUCAAGGUUUUCUUCCUCGAAUUGAACAACCACACUGGAUUGACUUUGGGUUUUGUGCUUGUAAAGUUGGUGAUAAUUACCGUAGAGAUGGUAUUAUUAAUAACAUGCAUAAUCCUAUAUUAUCUGCUAGAAACUGUGAAUUAGCCGAAGAAGCUCGGUUACAAUACUUGUAUCAGGAUCUUAUAGUUCAAAAAGGUUGCAAAAUCGAUGAAUUCAAUGAUGCCUAUAUAUCUGGAACCGUAUUAGAUUUGAUAAAAAGAAAAUGUGACAAAACUUACACUAGUUGGUUAUCAGCAAGUAAGAUAGAAACAUUUGGAUACAAUCAACCAGUAAAGAGUGUUUAUAAUCUCAAGCAAUAUAUUUUAAGCAAUUCUGUAAAUAUGAUACCUGCUAUAAGAGAUGAUUAUGGUUUUAGAAAUU